AUGUUCACGCUGUCGGAGCUCUGGUCUGUUACUGAGAGACAGGGUCACAAUAAGCUCCUGAAGCCAUGGUGGGAGGUCUUCAUGGACUAUCUGGUGGUCCUCAUGCUCAUGGUGUCAAUCCUGGCUGGGACUCUGUUACUCUCACGAGACGGGGUGGUGUGUGUUCCCAUCAGGUCCACCUCAAGCAACUCCAGCACUUCUUUUGGAAUUCUCUCAGAUCCCAUCACACCUCAUACUUUAUCAAGUGUCCCCAUAUCCAGGAGUCUGGCUACAGGCAUUCGGACCGACCUCGACUACCAGCAAUAUGUCUACGUGAGUGCCGUGUGCUACCAUGAGGCUCUGCCAUGGUUCUCACGCUUCCUGCCCUAUGUCACAUUACUGCAGUCAUUGCUUCUGCUGGCUAGCGGCUCCUUCUGGUUCCACUUCCCACUCACCUCUGCCCGCAUUGAGCACUUUUUAACCAUCCUUGCCAAGUGCUGUGAGUCUCCCUGGACCUCCAGGGCACUUUCGCAUGCUGCCAAGCUGGACAGAGCACAUCACAGUUGCCCUCCAGAUGAGGACAAAGUGACAAGGACCCCAAUGUCACACACACCUAAACUCUUUACUCGACAGUCCAGCCUUGACUCAGGGACUGACAGCCCCCUGCUGGCCAGGACAGGCAGUACCUCUGCCAAGCCUUCUCCAUGUCUAUCUAAUUUGUCUCACUGCUCCACAAUGUCCUCUCUCUCGAUCUUAGAACCUACUUCACUGCAUAAGGCAGCUACUGUUCUUCCAGAAGAUUCUAGCACCAGACCCACACUGGACCGGAGUGACGGAGAACAGGCCAGAGCUCUGUUUGAGAGAGUCCGCAGGUUCCGGGCACACUGCGAGAGCUCUAAUAUCAUUUACAAGGUCUACACAGCUCAGACCAUCUUCAAAGUGCUGAAUUUCAUUGUGAUUGUGAGCUACACCACACCUCUGCUGGGCUCCAUCUCUUUUACUCACAUCUGCCAGCCCCAUUCCCAUGCUUUAACAGGGUACCAAACCUUCCAGUGUAGCCACCUGCUCUCAUCGGUCCUGCGCAAGCUGAUGAAAGCCUACAUCUGUCUCGUGGGCCUUUAUGGUCUGCUAGGCGUUUACACCCUUUUCUGGAUUUUCCACAAGUCUCUGAGACAAUACUCCUUCCAGCAUCUGCAUGAAAUAGGUUCCAUGUUGGAUGCUCCAGAUCUGUGUAACGACCUGGCCUUCUUGUUACACAUGACAGAUCAGUAUGACCCCCUGCUGGCUCAGCGUCUCUCAGUUUUCCUGUCUCCUGUCAGCGAGACUCGGCUCAUGGAGGAGAACUUGGAACGUCGCUGGAAUGCCACCCGUCUGCGCUCAAUGAUAACCUCCGAUCACAAGGGGCGCUCUUUGCUGCAGCUGGUGGCCGUUCCACAUCUCCCUCCUGCACUCUUCACCCUGAGCCAGCUGGAAGUGCUGAAGCUGGAGUUAAUUGGAGAUGCUAAGCUAACAGCACAGAUCUCCAAUAUGACUGCCCUAAGGGAGCUUCACUUGUACCACUGCUCAGCUACAGUAGAGUCUGGUGCUCUUACAGUCCUCCAGGAGCAUCUGGAGUCUCUGCACCUCACCUUCACCCAAGCUGCAGAGAUCCCUGGCUGGGUGUACUCAUUGCGCAGCCUGCAGGAGCUCUACCUGAGUGGACGAGUGGCCAGUGAGGGCACUAUAGGCCGUGGCUGGGCGCUGGGCAGCCUGCGCUAUCUGCGCCACCUUCGGGUCCUUGCAUUGCGUGGCACGCUCCAGAAAAUCCCAUCUGAGCUGAGCGAGGUUGCGGGAAGCUUGGUGCAUUUGGAGAUCCAUAACGAAGGUGCCAGGCUAUUGGUGCUAACAGGGCUGCGACGUCUGGUGGGGUUGACUGAAUUGGAGCUGCAGGGAUGCCAGCUUGAGAGAUUGCCUUCUUCUUUGCUAGCAUUAACAGGAUUGCGUAGUUUGGACCUGCAGCAUAACAGCCUGAGGACGGUGGAGGAACUGCUGGGAUUGCAGCAUCUGAGGCGUCUUUCUUGCCUACGAUUGGCCCACAAUCGCAUACUGGCUGUUCCUACCAGCGUGGGGGUCCUGCGGGCUUUAGAGCUCUUGGACUUGGCACACAAUGAGUUGCGGAGUCUUCCACCAGCUCUUUUCACAAUCCAUCGACUCCGGCGCCUCCUGUUGGCUGGGAACCUGCUUGAGGAGCUACCUGCUGAAAUAGGCGCACUCACUCUCCUCACCGAACUCGACCUGAGCAGGAACAGACUUGAGAGGCUUCCAGAGGCACUUUUUACCAACUGCAAGGAGCUGCGCAUUUUGAAUUUGAGCAACAAUUCCCUAGGAACCCUGAACAUGGGAUUGGGCUCUUUGAGGCACCUUUCAAAGCUGGAUGUACAAGGCAACAACUUCGAGGAACUGCCUGUUGAGCUCGGUUGCCUCUCAGGGCUUCGUGGAGGUGGUUUGCUGGUGGAGAGCUGGCUGCUCCACACUUUGCCACGUCACAUCAGGGACUUUCUCCAGCAGCCAUCUUGUGCUUCUUCCGAAGCUAAUUCCCGCCCUUGCUCGGAUAUAUUCCCUGCCUUCUCUGCUGCCCAGUGGAGUCUUCUCUCCUCUGUGGAAUCACGGAUAUAG